UGAAUAAAAAAAUGGAUUUACUGCUCCCAAGAUUUACAGGGUUCUAGCGAGUCUAACAUAACUCAAAAACUGGAACCUGCUGGAAGUUGAGUGUAAACGGAGAGGAAAAAGCUUUUUUUUUUUUUUUUGUUCCCUAUUUCGCUUUACUUUUGAGUUUGGUGCGUUGGAUAAAUAAAAAUAAAAUCAGAAGACAGUCGUUUUUGUUGCGUUGCGUUGUUUAGCGCCUGAAAGUUGUGGGAUCGUGUUCAGAAUGGAGACGAGAGCAGUUAAAGUUCGAUGCCAGAGGAUUGGCUGCGACGCUAUGUUCUACGUGGACGACAAUCCCGACGGUUCCUGUCGAUACCAUGAUUCGGGACCUAUAUUUCAUGAUGGAACAAAAGAAUGGAGUUGUUGCAAGAAAAGAAGUCAUGAUUUCAGCUUGUUUUUGGAAAUUCCAGGAUGUAAGACAGGAAAACAUACAACAGAAAAGCAAGUAUUUACACAGGUUAAGAAGAACACCACACCCCCACCAACUGCAGUUUCUUCAAGCAAUGCAUCAUCGAAGGACUCUUGUUCCAGGUGUCGGCAGGGUUUCUUUUGCUCAGAUCAUGGUUCACAAAACAAAGCCGUAAAUAUCAUUGGAGAAAAGCCUGCAAAUUUUGCUGGAGAUGCCUCUGCUGAUAACAAUUCAAGUGUCCAGGCUCCGAAACCUAAGAAGAUAGUUGAUAUAAAUGAGCCCCAAGUAUGUAAAAAUAAAGGAUGUGGUCAAACUUUCAAGGAAAAGGAUAAUCAUGAAACUGCUUGCAGCUACCAUCCUGGCCCUGCUGUUUUUCAUGACCGGAUGAGAGGGUGGAAGUGCUGUGAUAUUCAUGUGAAAGAAUUUGAUGAGUUUAUGAGCAUUCCUCCGUGCACAAAGGGAUGGCAUAAUGCUGAUCCAGAGUCCUGAUCACUGAAGACAGCAGAGGACAGGUUAUUUUCUUACAGUCGCUGAUACUUUAAUUGAAAUGGAAAAGGUGUUGUUUAUUGAUGUUUUCGUGUCAUUGAUUAAUUAGAACAAAACAUUGUCUACUCCUUUUUCAUCUUCCUCAUCCCCUUUCGAUUGGUCAACCUCUAAGUUAAUUUGCCAAGUUAUAAGAAAUCAAUCCAUGAGGAUGAUUACUGUGAUAUUGUAGAAUGUUAAACGGUUGUCUUGUGUGUUUUUUCAAUGUCGCAAUUUACGGUUUGUGCUUCGGCAAAUCUUGAAAUAUGUUAAACAAUGGUUGUCACCGGAGCAAAAAUAUGCUUUUCUUCUUGAAACAACAACAUUUGGCUAUCUUGAUGAUGUCAUUGUUGUUAGUUAGCUA